UACUGUAAAUUCUCUUCCAGUCGAUGUUGAUAUCGCUGAUGUCAUAAAGUGCAUUGAUAAGGGAUUGUUUGUUUUGAAAUUAAUUCACUGGUAUCUAAAUUUUUUUUUUCGAAUUCGUGUGGAUAAAAUGAGUUCAUCUCCCUAUUCCGAUGAAGACAGGAAAGUGGAUUUCAAUCCGUUGCUGCUAGCAAGUGGCAAUCGUAAAAGUGCAUUCCUCCCGUACAAGCCCACAAACACGGUUCUGACCAAUUUGCAGCGCGGAAAUACUGAGGCAAGCAUCCCCAGUGAAAUAUGUUUGAAUUUCCACGAAAAAACGGGCCAGGGUGAAAUCACCGAAGAGCAGGUCCGAGGGGAGAAAUCGGUCGACCUGCUGGACUCCAAUCAGUUUACGCCAUUGCAUUGGGCCUGCUACUAUGGUCAACUAUCGUCGGCACAAAUACUGAUCACCUGCGGGGCGGAUGUAAACCGCCAGGCAAUUGAUAUGGUCACUCCACUGGUGCUGGCAUCAGCAGGGGGACACCACGAGAUAGUUCGGCUGUUGCUUCAGAAGGGGGCUAAAGUGAACCACAUGGACGUGGUUGGGAAUACUUCGCUGAUGUAUGCCGCGGCCGGUAACCAUCCUCAUACCUGCAACGAACUGUUGAAUAAGGGUGCCAAUUUCACUGACACCAAUGAGGAUGGUGAGACGGCCUACAGCUUGGCGGUGAAGCAACAGGCAAACCUCUCGCAAGCCGUGCUGGAAAACUACAUUUCGGCAUUAUUGAUGUCUUAGAUAAAUAAUUGCAUGUGAGGAGUAUGUUGAAAUUGGUACCUGGGUGUGUUUUAAAUAUUCUGAUAUAAAAUGUGUAUUUAUAAUAA